UCAAUCCUGAUCAAAGUGCCUCAACAGCACGGUACAGUUGUUUGGGUGAUUUGCAUCAUAAUCUUUGUUGUUUCAUAUUUCUGUUUUUUUUUAUUAAAAAUUAGAAUUUUGUUUCUAAUCGUGGGGAAUUUUUCGCAUUUCAUCCGUUUGCAUUGGGAGGGGCGACUGCAUUGCGGUUGGUGGACCUGCUAUGGCAGUGAACCACUUACAAAGACAGCGGGAUUUAAUCAGUGAAUCGGAGCAGUCGAGUGCCACCGACGCCAGACCUUCUGAACAAGAUCAUCCGGUUGCCCGAAGGAGCAGGAGAUCCACGCAAAAUGAAGCGGUGGUGCUUUCUUCCAAAUUUGUGGUUGGCCGCAUCAGAAGCCGACACGAAAGCCUUGAUGACAAUAAUAGCGAAGCGUAUUGGUGCGAAUUUCCUAAAUCGAAUGCAGAGAGCCUAGAAAAACGAGGCAUAGAAGUAAUACCUCAAAGCCAGAACGUCAGUCUACCAAGAAAAGAUCGUGUUGCCAUCCCGGAAAUUUAUGGUGUCAAAGCAAAACAGAAACGGGAUGCAAAAGGGAAACUCUUGAAAAAUAAUCGCAGCUUAUCUGGAGGUCGAGAAAAAAUUCUGGACUAUUAUCUUACUAGCCAAGAUCUGGAAUGGAUCACACUCUACAACCGAAUCGCACAAACCAAAAAAAUGAAACCUAUUCCUGUGGAAAUGUUUGAAGUAAUGAUAAAUAUGUUGGAAAGAAGAAAAAAUGAGAUUAUCCUUAAAAGAAUGAAGAUGGUGCUAACAGUGAUCUGCAAAACCGCCGAAGGUACACCUAGACGUUUCGAAAGGGAAUACCAAGCUUUGCAAAGAUUUAUCGAGCUUACGCCAGAAGUCUUAGCUGUUGUUAAUCAUAACGCUAUGGGAACGGUAGCUGGAUUAAGCGGAAACCAGUCGUUCGAUGUUUGGGAAUAUUGGAAAUGCAAGCUGCAGGACGACUUUUACCAACCUCUGAUUGCACCGUCUGCGCCGGAUUUCGAUUACCGAAGGAUAUCGUUAAUAGCAGCGUGGAACAUGACCAGUGUUUCUUAUGCGAAAGGCAUUCGCCAUGAUGCCGAAAGAAUACGAUUGAUGUAUGACCUUCUGCAAAAGAGAAAUUUUGUCUUAGCGAAAAGUUUUACCAAAGAGGAAGACGUCGAUGUCGAAUUCUCUGAACUGCUGUUAAGUUCCGAUGCGAGAUAUCUAUCACCGUCUGACCUGGCCGACAUGAAUUCGUACAUCCAAGAUUUUUGUGAGCUUUCAAAGAAUGAAGAGGAAGACGAAUCGAGGAGUGAAUUUUUGUCCAGUGUUUACCAGUGGAUUAAACUCGGUAUCGAGGAAUUACCAGAAUCCAAGGAAAUCGAUCCAGCUUCCAUUUCUCCACGAAGACAGUCCUUUACUAGUCGAAGUGAGGAGGAGAAACCCCCGGUUCUACACACUGCCCCUUUACCGGAACCCCUACCUGAACCUGCAUUAGCAGAGAAAAAAGCGGAUGAACUGCGGAGGAAGGGAAAGCCAUCAGACCGCAAAAUGCUUCUUAGCACGAGAGCGACCAGGGCACGAGUAGAACCUGUGCGACACUUUGAGCACGGUGACAAUUCGUGCUGCGAAAAUGGUCCCAUGGAUGAGGACGAAGAGCUUUUGCAUAAGCCACUGAUAUUUGAUCAGCUGAUGGCUGGUUUGAAGAACGAUUCCGAUCUUGACACGGAAGAGACGUUAUAUAUGUUGAACAACUUCUCUUUGGAUGAUGCAGGAAUCGUACUACAAGAAUUCAAUACACCUUCCAAAUCCUCGGAUCUACGCUCGAGAUUACGCUCUCGAAAGCCACGUGUUAGUUAGCCGGUCCAACUCUGUGUGCAACCUAGUUAGUCUUUUUGGCUAAGUUGGCUAAGCUUUCAGUUUUCCGUUGUAGAUAUUGUUGCUUUCUGAAACUGAUCAAGUGUGGCGCAGUUCUUUUUUAAUUGUUUUUUCGUUAUUCACUCGCAAUCGGAAAUUUUUGUUACAUACAGAAAUUGAGAAAAUUUCAUGCAAAAGCACAAGUGCUAUUGUAACCAAAGUUAAACAAAAGUAAUAAUAAAUAUGAUU